UGCGGACGUGAUGUUGUUGGUUCCUGUUUGUGUGAAGAAGCAGAAAAACAAUGAGCGACUUCAGACGCCAUGGAAGCCAAAGCAGUGGUUCGCUGUGCGCUGCAGAUCGAGAAACUGACCUCGGAGAGAAGCUUCGGGAACAUCUGGAUCCUCCUCGGUGACCUCGAGGAGUCGCAGGUCACGGCCGAGCAGCUGGAGGUCACGGACAUCGUCAGGGUUCUCUACAGGCUGCUGAGGACCUGCUCGGACGAGGGCGUGAGGAGGAAGGUCAAGAGCCUGUUGUCCAAGUGGAAGAGGCAAUACAGCAAAGUGAGAUGCAGAGGGGCGAGCGAGGAGGAGGGAGGGGGGUCCGGGCAGGAGGAGGAGCCCCCCGGUGGUUCAGCACAGGCAGGUGAUGGCGUUGGGAGAGUGAAGGUUGAGGCAGAGCGAGAAGCAUCAUCCACAGUGGAGCAACACGACCUCCAGACUCUCACUUCCUCUGUGUCAUCAUCAGUGAGAGAUAAGUGUGCUCAGCUGCUCCUCGCCGCCCUCCCCCCCGAGCCUCCGGACCAGGACCGGGCCGCACGGCUCGCCGGGGACAUCGAGCGCCACGUCCACGAGCUCCACAGCCACAGCGAGGUCAAGUACAAAACCUGCGUGAGGAGCAAGGUCGCCAACCUGAGGAAUCCCAAGAACGACCACCUGCCCCGGGGCCUCCUGAGCGGCGUCCUGACGCCCGAGGCCUUCGCCCGCAUGUCGGCGAGGGAGAUGGCGAGCGAGGAUCUGCGGCGGCUCAGGGAGGAGUACUCGUCCCGGGGCGUGAGCGAGAGGCAGCUUCCUCAGGUGUUAGAGGGGACGCCGACGCGGAGGAUUCGCUGUAAAAAGUGCGGAGGGACGGACUGUAGCGUGACGCAGGUGUCCAGGGGCGCCCUGUUCCUGCCGGCGUGGGUGAGGCGUGGCGGCGCCGACGAGGAUGCGAUGACCUUUGUGACCUGCAGGGCGUGCGGGCAGCAGUGGUACCACAGCGGCUGGGUCUGUCUCUGAAUCCAAGUCAGGAUGAUUGGAUCCACGAAGGAGGCGGAGUUUUCCUCUCCCGAUGUUUGUUAGUACGAUUACACAAAAACUACUGAACUGAUGAAUCGUAAUCUUGCUUAAAACAAGUAUUUUCUCAGCGGCAGAAACGGUGAAAACCUUUAACUGGAGGCGUAAAAGCCAAACUUUCAAACUGAAACCACAACUUUUCACGAGGCAGAUCAUCAUCAUCUUCUUCUUCUUCUCUCUGAAUCAUUUCCUGUCUCCUCCACUCGCUCUAAUUGUCCGUCAGCGUGUCUCUCAUUAACUUCCCCUGGCUUCCACAUUUCACCUUUCUCCCUCGCUAAUGCAAGCGUUCAUUGAUCUGCAGGAGAAAGAGCAGGAUCCUGUUGCACUGAUUUCUAAGCCCCUCUGAACUCUGGGUAAAUUCUUCUGCCGACAAUAUCCCAUUCAUUUGGAGCAAACUGGAUUGUGCGGAUGAGCCAUGUGACCUUAGAGAAGGAGCAUGUGAGUCAGUAAUCUGCCCCUCUGAGCCUGGGCCUCGGGGGGGCUGGAUACCCGUGGUCCCGCUGUGUGGGGGGGCAGCCGACGUGGCGCUGAGACUCGCCGACACGUCAGCGUGACAUCA